CGCAAACCCUAGCCUCCAUCUCCCGGAUCUCUAAAGAUCGGAGUUAGUCAACAAUUCAGCUGCUACAAUAUCUGCUAAUAUUAAUAGCAUCCAUGUGCUUGAUGGCACGAAUUUUAAGGAAUGGAAAUAGAACAUUAUGAUUGUUCUCGGUUGCAUGGAUCUAGACCUUGCACUCCGGACUAAGAAACCCGCCGCUCUUAAGGAUACAUCUACCCUUGAUGAAAAGAGGGAGAUGGAGAGGUGGGAACGCUCAAACUGCAUGAGUCUAAUGAUCAUGAAACGUGCAAUUCCAGAAUCAUUCAGGGGCACUAUGUCUGAUGAGGAUGAUACCAAAUCAUUCCUUGCCGAACAUGAAAAGCGUUUUGCUAAAAACGAAAAGGCGGAAACUAGUACUCUUUUGAGCACUCUUGUUUCCAUGAAGUACAAAGGCAAAGGGAACAUAAGGGAGUACAUUUUGGAAAUGUCUCAUAUUGCUUCAAAACUAAGUGCGCUUAAGCUCAUUUUACCUGAGGAACUGCUUGUGUAUUUAGUUUUGAUCUCUCUUCCUUCUCAAUUUAAUCAAUUUAAAGUCAGUUACAACUGCAUUAAGGAGAAAUGGUUUCUCAAAGAGCAAGAUAAGACUGAAAGUGCUCAUUUGACAUCUACCUCUAAGGGCAGCAAGAAAAGGAAAUUUAAGGAAGCUGUAAAUUCAGGGCCUCAAAGAAAGCAUCAUAAGGAAACUAAGGAAGAAACUAAGGAAUCUGGAUGCUUCUUUUGCAAAGGGACUAAUCACAAGAAAAAGAACUGCACUAAGUACCACGUCUGGCAUGCGAAAAAGGGGUUGCCUGAGCUGCCGAAAACCAAUUGAUGGUGAAAGAUACAUCUAUGUCGGUGAUGGCAAGCGGGUUGAAGUUGAGACUAUCGGUGUUUUUAGAUUAUUAUUAAAGACUGGUUUUUAUUUGGAUUUGAAAGAGACAUUUAUUGUACCGUCAUUUAGGCGGAAUUUAAUUUCUAUUUCUGCAUUGGACAAAUUUGGUUAUUCUUGUUCAUUUGGAAAUAGUCAGUUCAGUCUAUUUCAAGAUUCA